UACACAUGUGAGGCGACACAGAUUUUAUUACCUAUUAUGAUCAAAACGUAGUAUAAACAUUGUGUAACAUCGCGCAUCUAAUUAUAGUAGGUAUAUACGAUUUGAAGAAACUCGUCAAGUGUAGGUAUGGACCGCUAUCUAUUAAGUGGGUUCGUUAAUGGGAGAUGUAAUUCAGUGGUUAAUCAAACGUUGCUCGAACUCGCCGGCUAACAGAAGAUGCCGAAGGUAGAGAAAAUCUCUGAGCAGGCGCUCCUGCUGGGGGAAGGUCCGCAUUGGGACGACCGCACGCAGGCGUUGUACUUCGUCAGCAUACUGGAGAACUCUAUCCACAAAUAUGAUGCGGCCACCGGAACACAUACUAGCACAAAAUUGGAUGGUCGUCCAGGCUUCAUAGUGCCUCUAGACGGGCACUUGGACCAGUUUGUGGUGGGCUUAGAGCGUGAGUUCGCGGUGGUACAAUGGGACGGGGCGGACGCUGCGAGGGUGGUACGGCUGUUAGGGGAGGUCGACCACCAUGCGGCGGGGAACAGGAUUAAUGAUGGAAAGGCUGACCCUAGGGGAAGACUGUACGCAGGCACAAUGGACGCAGCAACAAACUUAGAAAAGCUAGAAGCUCACAAAGGCACCCUAUACCGGCUGGAUGAAAGCGGCAUCUCAGCUCUAUGCGAUAGGAUUACUAUUUCUAACGGGCUUGCCUGGGAUGUGGGCGCCAAAGCUAUGUAUUACAUUGACAGCGCGGAGUGUAAUAUAAGAAGAUAUGAUUAUGAUGCCGACACGGGGGAUAUCUCGAACCCACAACACAUCUUCGACCUAAAACAGCAUGACGUUGAAGGCCUCCCGGACGGGUGCACCAUAGACACAGACGGCAAUCUCUGGGUAGCUGUGUUUGGGGGCGGCUGUGUGAUACAAGUCUCACCCGAGGGAAAGUUGCUCAGGGCAGUACCCGUGCCUGCUAAACAGGUAACCUCUUGCACCUUCGGAGGCCCAGAUCUGGACAUCCUCUUCGUGACGACGGCCCGCAUCGACACAGUAGAAGAACAGAAGUUCCCGAGUGGAUGUACAUUCAGAAUAACCGGCCUUGGCGUCAAAGGACACCCGAAUGUUAACUUUAAAUUGUAGUGCAUAAGGUUCAAUUUUGUUAUAGCACCUCGACAGAGUAGAAGAACAGAAAGUUCCCGAGUGGCUGUACAUUCAGAAUAACCGGCCUAGGCGUCAAGGGACACCCGAAUGUUAACUUUAAAUUGUAGUGCAUAAGGUUCAAUUUUGUUAUAGCAAA